CGGCAGAUAUUGUUCGUUUCUACACUAUCCUUGGCUUCCCACUCCGACAGGCGACGGCCUCACCGGCUCACCGCAGUGCAAAAAUCCCCCGAAUCCCCAUACACCCCGCCACUACCGAAGCAGCGCCGAUGUUCCCGUGCCGCCCGCUGGUGUCUCCGCCGCUGCCGCGCGCUCUCGCCGUCUCCGUGACCGUGCGGCGGCUGCCGUCGUCGGCGCUGUCGCUGCGCGUGGUGCGGUGCAUGGCCAAGGAGCGGCGGGUGCGGAUGGUGGCGAAGCAGAUCCAGCGGGAGCUGGCCGACAUGCUGACACGCGACCCCAUCAUGCUGCGCGCCGUCCUCCCCGAGGCCGCCCUCGGCGCCGACCGCUACCUCUCCUCCCUCACCACCAUAGCCGACGUCGAGCUCUCCAACGACCUCCAGGUGUGCAAGGUGUAUGUGUCCGUGUUUGGGGACGAGAGGGGGAAGAAGGUCGCCAUGGCCGGACUCAAGGACAAGACCAAGUAUGUCAGGAGCCAGAUUGGGAAGCGGAUGAAGCUGCGCCUCACGCCUGAGAUACGGUUCAUCGAAGACGAGUCCAUGGAGCGCGGAAGCAGGAUUCUUACUAUCCUGGACAAACUAAAGGAGGAACGGGAGAAGCAAGAAGGAAAUGAUCUAGAGGAAGAUGCAGAAACUUCAGAUCUAGGAGAAGAAGAUGGUGACUGGGAAGGAGAUGAGCCAGAUGAGGAGGACAUAAUUUAUGUAAAAUAGUCCAUUAUGCCUUCUUGAAGCUUCAACAUCUGUCAAACUUCAGAGCCCAUCAGAUUUCGUUUAGAAGUUCUGCUUUUAGCGGAAUUGACUAUCCAUCUACACCACCUAUUUCUGUUCUGGCUGCAUGGAGAGUUGUAUCUGUGUGCAGUUCAUUUAGAGUUUAGUCCCAUGAUGAUGAGAACUCAGCUGCUCACCCUGUUGACAAAGGGCUUCAAAGCGUCUCAGCACUCGAAGAGCUUUGCAGAGAUAUCUACAUUGCCAAUUAGAAGCUGGCCAAAUCCUUGUUUUUUUUUCAAAGCUGGCCAAUGAGGAGGAUAUCUAUGUGGAAAUUUGAGGGCAUCAUUACCAUUUUAUGUUCACUAGAUCAGUAUCUGACCAUCAAAUGGAAGACAGUUUCAUUGAUGUUCAUCUUGUCUGUAUGCUAACUAGUCCCCUGUUAUGUUUACCUGACAUGUCUGUUUGUCUGACUGAACAUGGAGGCACAUGCCUAUAGUUUUCAUUUUCUAUUUGGUUUGUGAACUUUGAUGUACAUCUGUAACCAGAUUACCAUGUAAUACCUCCGUUUCAAAAAUUUAAGACGCUUUGGCUGUUUUA